AGCUCAAAGUAGUGGAUUUGGUGGCUAGUUAGACGAAUUGUGCCCAAGACAAAACCGCGUGUCUUCAGUUCCCCAACCAGAAAAGGCCAAAGACGGUUUUAUGUUGCUCCCUUGUGCCGCCGCCGUCGGGCUGUAAAAACACCGCGCACGCCACGCGAUCGGUUCGAUGUCCUGUGCUACGUCGAAUUAGCAUACGAAGAGAUAAAUAGAAACGGUGCCCGUUUGACAGCGGAAAGAGAUACGACGAAGCGAAACGAAAGAAGAUACGAGAAAAGAAAAUAAACAUAUCAGCCAGAGAACCGCCGUUAUUCUGGACGAUCGCUGGUGACCGUCGUGACCUAUCUUUCAGAGUGGUUCAGGGCGCCGAUUAUCGUAGUGAGAGUGUGUCUUCCUUAUCGUGUGUUCGUGAGUUCGCGUUGUGAGUCCGUUCGAGAGAGCGGCCCUCUUAUCACUGCUGUGACGACCCGCAGCAGCAGCAGCUUCCGGUGAGCCGGUCAGCAGAUAUUGGUAAAUUGCGUACUUCACUAUUAAAGUGAACGCCCCUCUUUGGGGACAGCUAGCCCAGUACCGGUGGGAAGGAACACUCGCGGGGCGGAAAGCAAAAUCGGCUCGGCAGUGGAAAAGCCCCUUCGAGCCCGAGAUCGAGAUCGGGGAGCAAAACGGGUCCGAAAAGAAAACCGUAGGUGACGGGUGUGCUGGCAAUAAACUAGCGGCGAAAAAACCCGUUUUAUUUCCGCCAAAGUUCCGACUUUCUGGCCAACCACCGGGAAGCACCGGAGGCCACGCAGCGAGUGCAGGACGCAAGAAACGCUUAACCUGCCAACACCCUGCCAGUUCCUGUGUUCGGGACAAGAAAGAGUCGCGCCGAGUUGCCACAGUCUUCAAUAAUGACGUUUCGUAAAAGUAAAGGAGGAACGUCGGGGAGCAUUAUAAGAAUGCUGCGCUCCUGCUUCACAACCGUUCGUCCCGUGCUCCUGCUGGCCCUGCUCAGUGUUGCCCUGUUGCCAUCGCACAUCCACAGCCUUGAAAAUGGACUCGCCCGGACACCACCGAUGGGCUGGCUGUCCUGGGAACGGUUUCGCUGCAACACGGACUGCGAGGGCGACCCGGAAAACUGCAUCAGCGAGCACCUAUUCCGCACGAUGUCCGACUUGGUGGUAAGCGAAGGCUACGCAGCCGUGGGCUACGAGUACAUCAACGUUGACGACUGCUGGCUGGAAAAGUCGCGUGGCCCGCGCGGAGAGCUGGUGGCGGACCGGCGCCGUUUCCCGAGUGGCAUGAAGGCACUGGCCAACUACGUGCAUGCCAAGGGCCUCAAGUUCGGUAUCUACGAGGACUACGGUAACUACACGUGCGCCGGCUACCCGGGCAUUCUGGGCUUCUCGGCCAACGAUGCCGCCCAGUUCGCCUCCUGGGACGUGGACUACGUGAAGCUGGACGGUUGCUACUCGCUGCCGAUCGACAUGGACCACGGCUAUCCGGAGUUUGGGCGAAACCUCAACUCGACCGGGCGCCCGAUGGUUUACUCCUGCAGCUGGCCCGUCUACCAGAUUUAUGCCGGCAUGAACCCCAACUACUCGUCGAUCAUUCAGCAUUGCAACCUGUGGCGUAACUACGACGACAUCCAGGACUCGUGGGCGUCGCUCGAGAGCAUCAUCGAUUAUUACGGCAACAAUCAGGACGCGAUCAUCCCGAAUGCUGGACCGGGUCACUGGAACGAUCCCGACAUGCUUAUCAUUGGAAACUUCGGAUUGAGCUACGAGCAGUCAAAGACACAGAUGGCACUCUGGGCUAUUAUGGCUGCCCCUCUGAUGAUGUCUGUUGAUCUUCGCACGAUUCGACCGGAGUUUAAGGCCAUCUUGCAGAAUCGCAAAAUCAUUGCCGUCGAUCAGGACCCGCUCGGUAUACAGGGUCGCAGAAUCUACAAGCACAAAGGAAUAGAAAUCUGGUCCCGACCAAUCGUCCCGAUCUACCAAACGUACUAUUCGUACGCGAUCGCGUUCGUCAACCGACGAACGGACGGCACACCGUCGGAUGUGGCCGUGACUCUGCGCGAACUAGGCCUCAUUUCGCCCAGCGGCUACAGAGUUGAAGAUCUCUACGAGGAAGUCGACUACGGCAUACUGAGCCCUCAGACCAAGAUUAAGGUGAAGGUGAACCCGUCCGGAGUGGUUAUUUUGCGAGCCGAUGUACAGCCAGAGCGGUUCUCGAAGAGACCGUACAACCCGAUUUUCUACCGCUACCCCAACUGAGCUAUUGACGCUGGAAUUGGCGCCCAUUCCAGGUCUGCCGUUUCCUUGCUCUGCCUUUUCCUUAGAGUUUUCUUAGUCCAAGAGCAAAUUGACGCUUUCUCAGUUUAUCAGUCAUCGUCAAACUGAUCCCGACUCCUUCUAGACAAAUCGAAGAAUGAACAUAAACAAUAUCAAAGCAAUGUUUUCAACCAGGACAUUUUCACUUCUUUUAAAGGAAUAGAAUUCUUCAGACAGUGUGAAGGACAAAGUGGACAAAAUGGGCCACUAAUGGGACGAUUGUCCUCAAAGGAUUAAAGGCUAAACUCAAUAAAAUCAUGUGCCAGUCGUGAUGGAAAACUGAAGAACACCAACGAAUGCCACCAGCUUCUUAUAGUUCAAAGCCAAGAGGAUUGUUGGCAUGCAAUAGGAAACAAAAACAAGGGGAAGCUUCAAACUCUGCUCCACGCAUAGCAAAUCUGAAAAACGGGACACCGUUAAGCAAUAGGACGAUUACAC